GAAACGUGCUGGUGUAGUUGGCUUAGGUACCAUUUAACGCGAUGGCAUUGUGGGGCGUGGUUCUCUUGCUAAUUGCUACCUCCAUAUCAGUUGCUGUGGCCACAGUGACGCUCACAACCAGUGGACUCACAGCCACUGUGUCCAAUGGCGAUGUAACGGUUGUCUUCAACGCACAUGCUAGAGUGUCUUCUGUGAAGAUCGACGAUGUUAACAUUGUCUCCACGACGGAGAAUAGCUUCUAUUUGGACUGGAAUGAAAAUGGAGAAGUUAGUUUCAGUCCAAGUUCGUUAACGGUUGUAAAUGACACCGACUCGCUGGCGCACUUCUACUGGCUCCAGGAUGGCGCUUCUGAUCAGUUUGAAAUUGAGUUGCAUUACCUGAUGGUGGAGGGAAUCAGUGGAGUUUACUCGUGGGCCAAAUUCAUCAACAGCCAAAGCGCCAAUGUCUCUCUUGGGGAGGCCCGGACGGGCGUUUAUGGAAGCGGUUACGGAGCUUUUCUGAUCUCGCCUAGUCGCGAAUAUCAUGCCGGAGGCCCGCUCAAGCAGGACUUGCUGAUCCACCAGGACUCUUUGAUCACCAACUACUUUGUGAGCAGUCAUUUUGGCACCUCCGGAUUGACGGCCCCAUCUGGAUGGACUCACAUCUAUGGACCUUGGCUGCUUUAUUUCAACACUGGCACCAACAGCGCCAUCCUCAGCGAUGUAGCAACUCAAGCAGAGACGGAGAAAGACAGUUGGCCUUACAGUUUUGUGAAUGAUGACGACUAUCCAGUGGACAGAGGCACAGUUAAAGGAACCAUCACUGGCCAGCCCCUGGCUACGAUUAUGCUGUACGAUACGGAAGAAACAUCUUACGAUGAUCAGCAGCUGGGCUACGCAUUCACUACGGAGUCGGACUCUAGCGGGUCAUACACGCUAAAAAACGUCCGUCCUGGCAUCUACAACGUGGUCGCCUAUCCAGUGGCUGGACAAGGCAGUGAAAAUGAAGCCAAAACGACCGUUACUGUAGCAGCAGGUGAAACCGUGACAGUCAGUAGCCUGGACCUACCGGAACCCGACGACAUCAUCUGGAACAUUGGCGAAACCAACCGAAGGUCCAGCGAAUUCAAGUACAGUACGGAGCUGCGGAAUUAUCUUUACGAAACUUUGCCCCCAGAGACGCUUACCUUCACCAUUGGAACCAGCACUGAUGCUGACGAUUGGUAUUACGCUCAAUCCCAAGCAGGAAUCUGGACAAUCGAGUACGAUGAUGCUAAAGAUGGAAACACCAGGACUCUUCGGGUCGCUUUGGCUGCCGCCAGCCAAAGUCCUCACUUGAUUGUUAGUGUUAACAGCCACAAGGUUGGGGAUGUUUACUACGGUAACGAUCAAGCGGUCUACAGGAGCGCCAUGCAGAGCGGCACGUUCCAUUCGAAUGUCUUCACUGUCACCAACGCUCAGGUUGUUAACGGCACCAAUACGAUCACCUUGCAAGUGAGCAAAGGAAAAGUGAUGUACGACGCCAUCAGCUUCUAAAGAGGCUAAUUUUUGGCAAUACCAAAAAAAACGAAAUCUGUUACUGUCCAAUUAUAUUUUAUUUACACACAAACUUUUGCAAAAUUAUAAAUUAUAUUACACAUGUUGAUGAGUAGUUAUUCGCAUGCAUUCACUCUUGUAACGGAAGUUUGGAUAUGUAUGUACAAUAGAAUUACCCAAUUUACAAAGUA